AUGAUUCGCGGUGGCCAGCGUGGGGCGAGUCGUGGCCAGGCUCUGCGGUGGUGCGCUACUUCUUUGAGGGUGACCGAUGAGUGCUUGGCGCAACUAGGCAUGAAUCUGGCUUAUAGUUGCCGAUUGGGUGAUUUGGGAGGGGAGAAGCGGAUUUGGUGGGGUGCCACGGUGGUGGCUAGGGAGAGGUGGCGAAACUGCAACAACUUAAGGCGACUGGCCAUGUCGCGACUGGUUAGAUGGUGUAGGGUUAGUGGCAGUGAGGGGUCAGGCACAGUGGCUCGGUGGUGGUGCAACCAUAGUGGCCCCGAGCAGCGGUUCAUAGUGACUACAGGUGAAGCAUAA